GGAUAGUUCCAGUGGAGAAAGAUUAGACUCCUCAGAAGCUAAUUGACUAGGGAAGGAUCAGGGAGACAAGAUACACCAAAAGGGAGAGGGAAUCUACAAUGGAAGGACACAAGAAAGAUCAACUGGAUUAAGUAGUCAUGAUUAUGCAAAGCCACAUCCAGAGACCAAGGUGUAAAGCAGGUCGGAGAAAAUGGAAAUCUUUAGAUUGGCUCAGUCAAAAAGAAAUAUUAUCAGUUUGAACACGGACCUUGAAAGGGAUAUGCAGAGAAUGGAUGAAGCAAAUCAGAAACUUCUUCUCAAAAUCCAAGAGAGAGAAGAUAAGAUUCAGAGACUGGAAAGUGAGAUCACUCAGACGGGGGACCUGGUGGAAGAUGAAGAGUGGGAGAAGGAGAACCACACCACGAUGGAAAGGGAAAGAGCCUUGCAGGAGCUGGAGGAAGAAACAGCCAGACUUGAAAGGAAGAAUAAGACAUUGGUUCACAGUAUAACAGAACUUCAACAAAAGCUUACAAGGAAAUCACAAAAGAUAACCAACUGUGAACAAAGCAGUCCAGAUGGAGCCCUAGAAGAGACAAAGGUUAAGUUACAACAGCUGGAAGCUUCCUAUGCACGCCAAGAGAAGGAGCUGCUCAAGGUAAUGAAGGAGUAUGCUUUUGUGACCCAGCUCUGUGAAGAUCAAGCCCUCUACAUAAAGAAGUACCAGGAAACAUUGAAGAAAAUAGAAGAAGAACUAGAGGCUCGGUUCCUUGAGAGAGAAGUAUCAAAACUUGUGAGCAUGAACUCUGUGGAAAAAGAGCAUACCAGGCAAAAUAAUGAGGGUACUCCUACCCAAAAGACAGCAACAUUUUUCAGUAGAAAGAUUUUUUGCUGUCUCUUUUUCAUCACCCUAUUUUUCAUCAGACUGCUGAGCUACCUGUUUUUUCACGUAAGAUUCAUAAAUCCAGAUCUCCUCGUCAAUGUACUGCCCAAGGUGCUGAGCAGGAGCACCUUGUGGAAGCUCAGAUGCUUCUUCUUUCCAUCUCUCACACUUGAGACAGAGGACAUGUUACCCCACUGAUUCCUCAAGAAAUAUCCUUGAGCAACAGAAGCGAAGUGGGAUCCGAGCGUGUAGAAGGGAGGCAUGAAACUUGUGGAGGAAAGAGAUUUGCUUCAGUUUUUUCCUCAUCGUUUGCCUACUUGACUACCUUCCAUCACCACAUCAUCUUUCCAGGAUUAACCUUGCCCAGUAAAAAGCUCUGUAAUAGA